AUUCAAAACAUUUUAAAGAGUGAUUUAAUAUCAUGACAGUUAUUACUUCUGAGUUUGAGAUUGCUUCUUCCCUCCCAGCUUCCAAAUUUUUCAAUGCCUAUCGUGACUUUAACAACAUUGCACCAAAGGUCGAUCCAGAAACAUACAAAACUCUAGUGGACAUCGAAGGUGAUGGAGGCGCUGGAACAAUCAGGGAUGUCUCUUUUGGCGAUGGCGUCCCAUUUACAAGUGGAAAGUUGAAACUUGACGUUGUUGAUAGCAACAACUUCACUCUUAUAUACACAAUCUUUGAAGGAGACAUCUUGAUGGGACAACUAGAUUCAAUGACUCAUCAUGUUAAGUUUAUACCUUCACCUGAUGGAGGAUGUGUAUACAAGCCUACCAUUGUGCAUAAUUGUAAAGGUGAAACUCAGCUUCCCGAGGAAGCUCUCAAUAUGGUAAAGGAAGGAUUCAAAAAAACUUUCAAGGCCAUUGAGGGUUUUAUCCAUGCAAAUCCUCAAACUUAUUGAUCAAUACUAUAUAUAAUAUAUGGUGUGUCAUGUUCUUGGUUCAGUAAAAAUAAAACGGAUUUUAGUCCGGUUAUAUUUUAUAUAUGUACUCGUCUUGUCUGAUAUUUAUUUUCUUGUAAUGUGAUUUUUAAAUAUAUCUAGAAUCCCUUGCAAACAAGUCUAUGUAAACAAUUUCUAGGAUGUGAUAUUCAUGUUAUGAGCAUUAAUUUUA